GUGCGGCCCGGCCGGCAGAUGGCGCUGCAGACAGACGCUGCUGUUCAGGCUCAGGGAGCACUUCCUCCCAUGUGAGCGGCACAGGCAGAAACUCGCAGGGUGACAGAUACCCAACGCGCUGAAACGUAGCUAUGGAGGAUAUCGUUGUUCGCCUGGAAAUUAGGAAACAUAUGCAGACCGCUAGUCUCAUUUUGGGCGGCUUAGAUGGCUUUCCGGUAGAUGUGUCUCUAGGCCCGUCAUAUUUACAGAUCCAAACUUCUGAGCAAUGCGAGAGGUUCUGUAUUCCUGCAGAAGUAAAGCUGCUUCCUUCAUCUUGCCGUUUAGUGCAGCAGAUUGCAGGAGAAGGAUUACACAUGCGGCUGAAGGUGGAAGCUGCCAACGAUACAGACAUGCCUCUGUUGCUGAAGGAAAUCCUGAAGACUCAGAAAAGCUACACUUUUUACUGUCAGUCAUGUGGAGAGCUCAUAAUCAGAAAACAACAGUUCUGUAGAGUUCUUCCACUACCUAGUGAAAACUGGAGCUCCCUGGUUGAAGAAUGGUGCUGCCACCCUGAUCCCUUUGCCAAUCGCAAUUGCUUGCCCAAGGUUAACGACUGUUUUCUGGGAGACACUUUCCUUUUGUUGAACAAAGUAAAUAUUUCAGACCCCCUUGUAGAGAAUAAUGAGAAGUCAUCUGUUCCUCGUUUGGCUGAUGCUAAUGCCUUGAAAUCAAAGGAAAAUACCAAAGUCAUUUGCAAACGAUGCAAGGCAAUGCUGGGAGAGAAGGUGUCAUCAGAUGCUAUCAAGUACUAUAUCACAGAAAUAAUGAUUCAGCCAUCAAGCCAAGGUUAUAACAUGAUCUCAAGAAUGGAGUUUUUGGAAAGUAUUUUAGUGCGACUUCUCAUGGAACACUCUAUCUGUAGGAGUAGUUUUCGGUUCUGCAUUCAGGAGUCAGAUGGCAAGCACUUUUUUUUGCUUUGGCUUUUGAAUUCGGAUACAUUAUUAGUGGAAUCACCAAGAAAGCCUGGGACUGUGAAUAAUUCUUUCUUCUCUGACAAUAAUGUUGUGUCUUCCACAAGAGCACUAGAGGCUAAAAAUGCCAUACGGGUACUCUUCUUACCUUGCUCAGAAAACAGAAACAAAGAGCUUGCUGAUAAGUGGAUGAAUGAUACCGGUGCUCAUUCAUUAACGUUCCCUCUAAACACAUGCUUGGAACUUAUCCUGCUGCUGUCUCUCAACAACACAUCCUUGCCUAUCUCCCUGCGUUUCAUGAAUAGCUGGCAGGUUGCUUAUUUGAAGAUGUGACGAUUUACCUAAACAACUCAUGCUACACAUGGCAGCAGUGAAGUUUCCCAGCAAGAGACAAUAAAUGAGAUUGCUACAUGUACUAAAGGGAUAGGGGUUAGUCUCUGUGUGGAAUCAGUCAUGUUGACUUGUUUGUAUUUGUAAAUGUUUGACAGUUCAUAUUUAGCUACUAUAGAAAACCUGAUAUCUAUAGUAUCAUUCAUGAUUUCCACUCUUGUCAGCUGCAAAGCAAAAUGUCAUGUCAUGGGACCAUGAUCUGGCAAUAUAGCAGCCUACUAAAAUAAGAAGGUAACUUGAUAGUUUAUGAAAAAAAAAAAAAAGUAAACAAGAACAAAAACUGUUUUAUUUUUAAUAAAAUAUAUGUUGUUCUCUAUUGAGAGCUAAGUUCCAGUGUUUGUACUCUUUCCAGUCUCUAAAGUCUAUGGUAUAUGAGCAGCAAUUUGAUUCAAUAUAGGUUGAUAUUUGAUUUAAGACAUUGAUAUUUUAUCAAUUAUUUAGAUAGCAGCUGUUGGCAGAAUUAAAUAUGAGAUACGUUUAGCUAAUGUUACACUUAUUCUCUUUACUCUUGUUCAAUUUUUUUUCAGAUUAAAAAUAAAUAAAAUAUGUUCCCUGUUUGGAAAAGCAAGAGACUGUAGCAAUUUGCACACAUGUUUAAUAUGUUCCAUUCCUUUUGAAUUCUUUUCCAUUAAGAAUAUAUGGGGUUUUGUGAAAAUGUUGGUAGAAAUCUGGCUUUUUAUUUUUUUUAAUUAUAGAUUAGCAGAGAUCAGUUAUAUUAGAGAGCAGUCUUCAUGAGCAUAAUAUUUGCUAAAUAUAGGCAUUUCUACAAAACUGUAUUUUCUCUGUCUGUCUGUAACUUAAUAAUUUAUUGCUCUGAUCUAACAGUAUACAUGUUGUGCCAUUCCAGCUUCAUUUGUAUUUUGCCUGAUGAAGGCCCUUAGAGCUCCAAAGCUUGCAAUGUAUUUCUAUUGUUAGCCAAUAUAGGUACCAUUUCUACAACACUUUUGUAUUUUUGUUUUUUAUUCAUUAAUUUUGCUACUGGCUAACACAGCACCACCGUUUUUGUUUUAUGGGAAGACUAGAUAUUCAGGCUGUGGAUGAAGUCAUUUUUAUAACUCAACUUUCCAGUCUUUGCAAUCAAUAUGACUUGAUUCAGCUAUGCCCCUGCCUGAUAUGGUUUUAAAGGGGUGCAUUGUUUCAACCCUGUACAUGGGUUAGUACUCUGCUCAAUCCAUAAAGAGUUGAUGAGUGCCCACUGUACGGCCCACUUCAGCUUUAACAUAGGAAUCCUCUCUAACAACAAAUGAGAUGAAGUGCAUUCUUUGAAAAGGCACAGUGAAGAAAAUGUAGUUUAAAAAAAAAAUCCUUUAGAAUGCUGAUAAAAACACAAGCUCUAACAACAAAUCAAAUUAGUGAAAAAUGGGAUUUAACAAAUAAUUUUGAAUAUGGAAAAUACACUUCUCAUUAACUUGUAUAGAUAAUUGUCAUGUUUUAUGUGCAGGUUAAUCCACCCCUGUGCUCAGCACUAUGUAUUUUUAAAUUAUAAAGUGGGGGUUCAAAGAGCAUGUGACCACAUAAUCAGCACAGACAAAGAUUCCUCACUCUCACCCAUAGCACUUUUCUUAAAGCAAAUCUGUGAGCAACUAAUAAUACCAUUCCUUUAAAUACAUUUAGGAUUGUUUGUAAUAUAUUUAAGAUCACCAACUAUGUACAAUUCUAAGAGAAUGUGCUCCCACAUUGCACCCUACAUUGUACAUUGUGCAGGUUAACUAUCGGCACACAAGGUAACUUAGAUUAUAUUUCCUAUAACACCAAUAUUGCUAUAAAAUAUCUGAUUACUGUGCAGGGAUAAUUUCUGAAAGUCAAACCAGAGGAUGUAUUAUAUGUAUGAAUUUCACUGCAUGUACAAAAUGUAUCUUAUUAAAAAAUUUGCACCAAUUUG